AUGGCAGCCGUAUCCCAUCCGCAGUCUCACGCUGGCUUGGGACCAUGGAACAAAGACCAGGAUACCGUCUACGCCCUCAACCGCGGCGACCUCACCAAAGAACAAAUUGCCACCGGCACCGGCAUCUGGCUGAGAGACAUGGCAAAGUUGCUCCCCUCCAGCCCCGAGCUGCGAGGCAUUGAUAUGGACACCACCAAGUUUCCGCCACUAUCUGACUUGCCUCCUGUCGGAUUAGAAGUCUAA